ACUACACACCUACCAGCCACAAUUGCAGCUUACAUGAGAAGGAAUCAGGCUGCAGACAGCCACAGCACUGACACUCACAGUACUGACCAUCAUCUGGACACACGGCAGUGAUCAUGGGAACUGGAGUGAGGAAACGGAGAUGUGUACCUGAGGACCUGUCUUUGGAGGAAAAAGAUGAGCUGUCGAACAUACGACGCAGGAAAAAAGAGCUGCUGGAUGAUAUUGAACGGCUGAAGUUUGAGAUUGCAGAGGUAAUGACUGAGAUUGAGCAGCUAACCUGUGUGGGGGAGAGCAAAACCACACAGAGAAACAAACAGAUCGCCAUGGGCAGGAAGAAGUUCAACAUGGACCCUAAAAAGGGAAUCCAGUUUCUUUUGGAGAAUGAUCUUCUGCAGAACACUCCAGAAGACAUUGCACAGUUCCUCUACAAAGGCGAGGGGCUCAACAAAACAGUCAUCGGGGACUACUUGGGAGAACGGGACGACUUCAACAUCAAGGUCCUCCAGGCAUUUGUGGAGCUUCAUGAGUUUGCGGAUCUCAACCUCGUACAGGCCUUAAGGCAGUUUCUGUGGAGCUUCAGACUUCCUGGCGAAGCCCAGAAGAUUGAUCGUAUGAUGGAGGCAUUUGCCUCCAGGUACUGCCAGUGCAAUCCUGGCGUCUUCCAGUCCACAGACACCUGCUAUGUCCUAUCAUUUGCCAUCAUUAUGCUGAACACCAGCCUGCACAAUCCCAACGUCAGAGACAAGCCCCCUGUGGAGCGCUUCAUCUCCAUGAACAGAGGGAUCAAUGAGGGGGGGGACCUCCCAGAGGAGCUACUCAGGAAUCUUUACGACAGCAUCAAGAGUGAACCUUUUAAGAUCCCAGAGGAUGAUGGGAAUGACCUGACGCACACGUUCUUCAACCCAGACAGAGAGGGCUGGCUGCUGAAAUUAGGGGGCCGAGUAAAAACCUGGAAGAGACGGUGGUUCAUUCUGACGGACAACUGCCUCUACUACUUUGAAUACACAACAGACAAGGAGCCUCGUGGGAUCAUCCCACUGGAGAAUCUGAGCAUCAGGGAGGUGGAGGAGCCUAGGAAACCUAACUGUUUUGAGCUCUACAACCCCAAUCACAAGGGCCAGGUGAUUAAAGCCUGCAAGACUGAAGCAGAUGGUCGUGUAGUCGAGGGAAACCAUGUGGUGUACAGGAUAUCAGCACCCACGCCAGAGGAGAAGGAAGAGUGGAUUAAAUCCAUCAAGGCCAGCAUUAGCAGGGACCCCUUCUACGACAUGCUGGCCACCAGGAAGAGACGCAUCGCUAACAAGAAGUGAAGAGGGACAAUCUUCACGACCCCCAACUGCCCAUCUUUCUCUCCCUCAGUUCGUGAACACAAACAUCACACACUGCAAAGCUGGUUCACCGCAGAAGUGACUGUCAACCUAAGACAAGUCUUCGACCCCGAAGACCAACCUCAGUUUUUCUUCUGGGCUGUCCACAAGUCUGUGUUGAGGAGACACGACACACUACUGAGGGAACAGCAGAGCUCCGGGAAACUCAGAUGUACAUGAGCAACCAACCAAUCAGUUUGUUUCUCCUUCAUCUCAUACACACUCCCCUACCUCCCUCUCAUGGUCAUGAUAUGUUUCUGGGUCUCCUCAAAGCACAACUGCCAGGUUUCAGGUGCACAUGCAUGCGUGUUAUUAUAGACCAGUGUGUGUGUGUGUGGGUGUGCGCGCGCGUGCUUCUGCAGUGUGGGUGCACAUAUGAUUCAAGGGUUCCCUCCGUUGUGCUUUAUGACGAAGUUACUAAUUCAGAAUUAGAGUUCAGAUGUGUGGUCAGCUACUUGGGGCACGACUGUCAAAAUAAAAGGUUGAAUAUAAAUAUGUGGGGAAGGUGUGAGGAAGGAAAAGAGACGGAAGAAGAGAAAGGAAAAGAGUCUGGGAGGUGACGGGUGAGGUGUAACCUCACUCGAACCCUGUCGUCAUCUCACUCUGGUGCUGAAUUCUUCUCUCCGGGUGCCAUGGCUGGAGCCCUGCUCAGAGUAACCUCUGAAAACAGCGCUGGCUUACAUUUAGGUUCAUGAUAUAACAUUACAGUCUUGAGUCAGCUGGGCUGAUUUCAUUUAUUUGUGUGGAGCAGAGACUUUUGAAAUGUGCAUACUUUUUUAUUUUAGUUGAGUAGCAAUUGCGCUUUUGCUUUUUUGGCCUGAGAUAAAACUUACUUCUUGGACUUUGAAGUUAUAAUCUUUGAGAUUUCCUGUCCUGGUUGAUUUGGCUUCAGCAGAGUAAAGAAAAGAAAUGAAACAAAACAGCAACGGAUUCAUGCUGCACAUGGUUCGAGUACAUUUCCAGACAAUAGCAGGAGUAAUGGGGGUUGGUUAUGGAGGAAUCACCUGCAGCUCUUCAUCUAAGGAUCACUGUGGCUGCUAUUUCUUGGAAAAUGACCAUUGUAAUGUUUCAAAUGUAUUUUAGGUAACUGAACUUUCUCAGCCCUAAUCUCGGUAAUAAUUACAAUUCAAUGCAACAGUGUCCUUUGGCUGAAUCAUUAUAAGCAGUUUUUGCUUGUUGAACACUUAAUUUGAAGCCGCUGCUGCAGCAGGAAGUGUUGGAUUUAUAUCGGCAGCAACUUAAUAGAGCUGUGAGUUCAAUUAAAAACAGUUAAGGUGCAGCCACAUAGCAUUUCCUCUCAAAUGUCUCGUAAUAAAUGAAUAUGGAUCAGCAACAUUACAGUGUGAUAGUGUGGUCCCGUAGAAACGUGCUGAAAAUUCAUAUGGACGUCAAUAGAAGUGAAUGAGAAUUGGAAUGUAUCCGUAGGACAGCACUGCAGUGUGACCAUCUUAAUGGAUUACAAUGAUCUUUUGUUUCAUGUGAAUCCCUUGUGCAUGUCAGGACACUUCAGCGGUGGCGUCGCAGAAAGCUGAUAUUCAGAGAGGUAACUACAGCAUUACAUUGCAAAUGAAAAGAUGAGCAGUGAUAGCAUGAAAAUCUAUUUUCUGAAAAUCUUAAGGAUUAUAACUUUAAGAGCACUUUCCUUUGAGAAGGUCCUGUCAGUCUGAUGGGUAAGUUUCAGUUAUGGCUAUGCGAUAGCUCUCUAGGGUACCAGUCCGAUUAAGCUUCUUUCUUUUCUUUCUUUUUUUUUUUUUUAAAUCUUUUUCUUUUUUGUUUUCUUGUCUACGUCCAGUGUCAGUGAAGGUCGUUGUGUUGUCGUGAUCCUGUUUGCAUUUGGUUUGUAAUCCUAAAUAUACUUGCUUGCUUUUGUGUUCUUUAAGAAAAGAAGAAAUUCUAAAUAUAUAAUAACCACCUAUCCUUUUGUAUUUAUUUUCAUUUGUGAAAUGGUUGCUACCUGUAAAUGUUCAAACAAUGUAUGCUUAAGUUAUAUGAUGUAUAGGUUUCUGGUCUCUUAUGCACACUCUGUGUAACAAAUUAGCAUCAGCUGAAGUUUGGGGUCUUCUUUCCAAAAGCCUUUAACACAAUCAUAAGAAAAUAUAUAUUGAUGAUGAGAAUAUUGAUCAAUAACUGUGACAAUGUUAAAAAGCCAUGACUGAUGAGUAUGAGAUGACAUAUUUAUGAGGAUGAUACAGAUUACAGUGAAAAUGAUGUUUGAAUUUAAUGAUGAUGAUUCUAGUGAAGUAAUAUCAGUGAUGAUGAUUAUAAUAAUAUCUUUGAUUAUGAUGUCAACAGCUAUGAACACAGUAGUUUUCUAUGUGAUUGUAAAAUAAAACGAAAGCCUCGAGGGCAGACAAUUAUCUUCUACUGCUCUGUGUGGGCGUAUAGUUACAUUAACUUUUAUAUUCUCUGUAAAAGCUAUUGGUCACGUUGUACAUUAAAUGUAUCUACAUAAAGUAUACAUAAAGCUCA